GGCUGAUUGGGGUGCAUUGUGAGGGGCCUGGGGUCGCUGAUUGGUUCAUGGAAAGCACCAUAACUACAAGGAGUUUAUAUUCAUUCAACUUGUUGAAGUGCUCCUACUGCAGCCUGGAGAGAAAUCUGUGCUUGAACUGCGGCUUCAGAGAGUCUGGAUUCAUCCAGCAGUGAUCUUGGCGGUGGACUACAAACUCUAACAUGGACUGAUCUGAUCAAAAACUUUACAAAAAUGGCAGACAGUGAGGUCAAGACGCUGCUCAAUUUUGUGAAUUUGGCAUCCAGCGAUAUCAAAGCGGCCUUGGACAAGUCAGCUCCGUGCAGACGCUCUGUGGACCACAGGAAAUAUCUGCAGAAACAGCUGAAGCGUUUCUCUCAGAAGUACUCCAGAGUCCCAAGAUGCCACACGCACAGGUCUGCUGAGUAUGGGUGCGCCAAACCGGUGGGCGCUUCUCACCAGAGUGUGAAGGUCGCAGAGAAGUCCAGUUCGGAUGCUCAGUGUGCGGAGGUUGCGGGGAGCGCCGUGGAGCAGGUGCCCAUGAGGAAACGCCAGCUGCCAGCCUCAUUUUGGGAGGAACCUAAGCUGACCCAGACUAAGAGGGAACACUCACAUUUAUUGAAAAAGAGCCCAGCAGGCACAUCUGAGGGCAGUGAGAACGAAAAGAGGAAAAGGAGUUAUGAUGAUGACGCAAAGGCCACUCUCUCUGCGUCCAGUCGGCGCAGCUCUGCCGAUAAGGACACGCUGAAAUUGGACCUGACCUCUCACCACUGUGUGAGCGUGUGCGGCUGCUGUCCCUUCCAGUACCACGGACACCAGGUCCUCCACAGUCACAUUGUUGUCCCCCAUCCGCCCCUGGGACUGUGGAGCAAAGCGGCAGAGACAGAGAGGCCUGAGCAUCCUUAUGGACAGAAACUUCACACGCACGUUGUGGUCAAACCUAUACCGACCAAACCCACCGUGCAGUCACCGAUCUUCAGUGUGUUUGGAUUCAUUUAACUACUCUACUAAUGAGCCAGUCACACACACAAAAGGGUGUAAAUAUGACUAAUUAUUUUGUGUUCUGCGCAGCCAACUCUUUAUCUCUCCACAUUUGUAUAUGAGACACCUCAUCAAGCACUUAUUGGAAUGCUUCAUCUAUUUUUAUUGUUUAAAUCUAGAGGACUAAGUUGCACUUGCAGACCAACUUCAUCAUGUUCACUUUCAUGCCACUGUGAUGCCUUUCAAGCAUCUGAAAAACUGACAGUAAGUUAAAAGGUUUCUACUUUUAGGUUUCUACAGUGACUGCUCCUUUUGUCAGUACCAAAAGUCAUGCAAAUGAAUGAGAACAUCCUGUUUUAGUUUGCUCUUUCAGCUAUGAGAAUAGAAUGUGGGACAUAGAUUGCCUUUUCUUUGUCAAAGUAAUGUUUGAUAGGCACGUUUGAAAACGAUGACUUUAAUUUUUAAAUAAAUGAUCCAACUUUCCUCAAGAGCUCCUCCGGGCAUUA